AUGAUUAUACCAGUCAACCGCCAAAAUACAGACAUAGCCACACUGUUGACAUCUGCCCAACAAGUCUCUCAUCACUGGCACGCCCUGAUCCAACAGUCCGAGAAACUCCAGAUAGCUCUGUUCUUCAAACCCAACAAGAAAAAGCACCGCUGGGGCAGCCGUAAACGGAUACUGAACCCACUCAUCAAAGCAAACCUGUGGCCUGGGUUUUUCCUCAAGGAGCUCCAUACACGUCCGAGAUGGCAAUAUUGCAUCGAAAAAGAAUACUUCACUCUGAUCAACCCACAAAAGGAACACGCAUACCUUCGACAGGAAGCAAGCUGGAGACGGAUGCUCAUGUACCAACCCCCCACCUCGCACGUGGCCAUAAUUGAGCUGGAGACUACUCGGCCCAGCCCUGAAUACACGCAGAUAUUCCUCCAGCCCAAGGAUGGCGAUUUCUUACGUCUGGGUAACCUCAACACGGGUAUUAACUAUUGCGGUAUGGCUCCAUGCCAGGAUCCUUUGCUAUUCUGGUAUCAGGGUGGGCAUAUGAAGCGAAACAAGCGCCAGUAUCAAGGCGAAAGAAAAUUUUCGGUCUCCAAGUUGCUGGUGGACUGUGAUGCGGUCAUUUUUUUAUUUCUGGCUUUACAUAUCACCUGUAAACGAAUAUCAUCUAUCGACAUUGGUAAUGACUACCGACAUGCAUAUAUCAUAUGGCACUAUCUUGGAAUGGUUCUAGUCAACAUCAAAACACCACAAUAUAUCCUCUAUCGAGACUAA